AACUUUUUCCCACAGACUGCUUAGUCUAUAUAUAAAAUAGAUCAAAAUAUUCCUUUCUCAAAAUUUGGAAAAUGUUUAGGCAUUCAGCUUAGAUGGAUUUAGAGUACAUGGUCACAUUAUGGAGGCCCCAUUACACUAUAUGUUCUGUAGAAUAUGUGGCAUUCGAAUGCAGAGUGGUCUCAUAGCAAAUCAUGAGCUACACUGUUUACAGGAACAGCAACAGGAUAGUGGUGUCACUGAAAGAAAUGUGUUAGAUCCAGAAAAUAGAACAAGUUUUAUCGCAGAGAAGUCCAUCCAGCAGUGCGAUGCAAAUGACGCAGUUAACAGUAAUGAAAUGCAAAAUUCUCAACCAGAAGAGUAUCCGGGCAAUCCACCAGAAACUCCUGCUGCAAUAGCUGUUCCGUUUCAAGAGAAAAUGGAAUCUGAUGGACAAGAAGAACUUAAAAGAUUCGGAAGAAGUAAACAGCAAUCAAAUAUUCCGACUAAUCAAUCACUUGACAUAGGAAAUCAACCCUUUCCCUCACCAAAAAACGAAAAGGAAAUUGCUCCCUCCCAGCAACAAAUCUCAAAACAAUCAUCCCAUCAACGCUUUCUCUUAGAACAGCGAAAUAAAAGGAUUGCUAACAAGAAAAACAAAAAUCUCUUUCCUCCUACCAAAAAGUAUAGGCAUUACCCUGUCACUUGCGAAUUUUGUGGGAAAAGAUUCCAACCAGGCCCGCUGAGGAGGCACAUACGAAAAUAUCAUACGGAUCUCAGCAAAAAUGAGUUUCCCGACUGGAGUAAAGAAGAGACGACCAAGAGAGAGAGACCUAGUAGCUCCGGAUUUCCAAGGCAUUUGAAGAUAUGCUAUAUAUGUGGUCAACUUUAUGGUAGUAAAUCACUGAAGAUUCAUGAGCCGAAAUGUCUCGAGAAAUGGAAAGCGCAGAACGAUCUUCUACCAAAGCAUAAAAGGCGUCCAGAACCAAUGAAGCCAGAAGCCUUGGGAGAAGUUCUUCCAGGACCUAAGCGUGAAAGAACAAAAAUACCAGAUCUUGAUCCGGAACAACUGGCGGCAUACCAGAGUCAUCUUCGAAGCUUGGUUCCCUGCGAACAUUGUGGGAGGACUUUUAAUCCCGAUCGAGUGAUGGUGCACGAACGCGUUUGUAUCGAAAGACCAAGAAGGAGAAAAUACAUAAGACCGGAUCAGGGACGUAUUAAAUAGCGUUGCAAACACCGGAACGUAAAUGACAACAGCAAUCUGUCGAAAACCGAAAGACUGGAGGAAAUGCAAAACACUUCUAAAACAGUUUUUUGAAGAUCAGUACUGUACAAUUUUAAUAUCACUGGACUUGUAAUUUCAAGAAUGAAAAUAAAUGCAAAAAAAUCUGA